UCCACACGCAGCAUAACAAUAAUUUCAGUCGUCUUUUUCCCGACCAGCCAGCCCCGCGGUUGUUGUUCCAACAGAGAUUUCACAUCCACACCCAAAACGGAAUUUGUUUAAACAGAAACUUGUAUUUAUUUUACACAUAUCGAGAAAAGUGAUUGCCGGCUACAGGGGCAAAGGCUGUGGUAGUGCCAGACCCCGAGUGUGAGUGAGCACAAGCAGGAUGAUGACUGAACUCAGAAAGUAGCGCAAUAGCAGAGGAGCAGAGCAGAGGACCAACAGAGGGCAACGCAACCAAAUAGCGAAGCUAUCCAAGAACAUAUCAUUUUGUAAGGAACAUAUUACGCGUAACAGUAUUAGCAGCAUGUUGGACAUCACUUGGCUACCCACCGCCUGCGGCUCACUGGCACCUGCCCUGAUACCGCCGGCACACAUUGCCAUUCUUUGGUACUUCUGGGAGAACUACGCCCGGUACGUGGACAGGCACUUCUGCACAUGCUCCUGCUGGGACACCGUGUUCAAGGGCCCCUACGAGUCGGGGGUGGCCGCCUACAAGCACAUGUACUUCAAUGCCACUCCGAACAGCUUCAAGAUGUGGAUACUGACCGUCUUCGCAGUGAUUGCCCUGUACGAGUGCAUUAAGCGGCUCAUCGCCCUGAUCCUGCAGAGCCGCGUCCGCUACUCGAUGCUGCUGCUCUUCCUGCUGUCCAUCUUCUCGCACUACUACGCCUGGUGGGCGUACAUCAACUACUACAACGACGACUACUACAACCAGUGGAACCACCAGCUCUUCUUCACGAUCACCGAACUGUUCUCAACGGUGCUGGUGAUGCACCUGGCCAGCACCACGAAUGUCGUCACACCGAAGAAGGUCUUCUGCAUUGUCGGCAUCGCCCUGCUGCACAUACUCGCCAGCAGCUUCGAUCAGUUCUUCCUGAAUGUGGUGCGGGGCGAGGGCUAUGCACACCAGAUAGUUCGGGACAUUGGAUUCAUGGUGCCCGAUCUGCUGCAGCUGUUCGUGCCCGUGUGGCUGCUCCGCCAAACGCGACGGGAGAGCUACUCCACACGGCCGUUCUAUCGGGAUCGGAAGCUGCAUCGCGACAUCGUGGCCAUGUUCUGCCUCGUGUCACUGCUGUUCGUCCUCUGCACGGUUUUGUGAGAGCGAAUCCUGCUGGACGCCUACGAGGAGACGCAUGGCAAGAUCGAGCCCGUGCAGGAUGCAGCGGUGCAGCUGCUGAACCGAUAUCGAAUGCUGGCCAGUGGCAAUGUCCACAACUAGAGGCAGAACUGAUGGACACGGGAGACGGGACACGGAACGAGGUGCAUUGGACAGGACAAUAUGCAGCACUUGGCAGUAAGUGCAGGGCGCCAAACACGUCCCUAUUCCUGUAGAAUUUUGUAUUUUCAUUUAACAUUUGUGAUAGUUUUUUUUCUGUCGUGAUUUUUUUUGUUGGUGUCGUUUUUUUUUUGAAGCAGUGUUGAAGCAUAUCGAUAAGCAUAAUCACCAAACUAAUCAAGGUACAUAAUCAAUACAGAAAACUGUAAUCUUCCAUUUAGAAACAAUGUUGACCGAUGUUGAUGUUGCGUUGAGACAUAAUCCCAUAGUUGAACUAGGUAUACAUACAUACAAUAAAUAGUAUAGAGAUCCUAGAACCGAGUUUCGGUGUAGGCGUAGGCGUAGGUGUAGGUGUAGCCUUCCCCCUCUAGAUACAAC